GACUGUUGAAAGCAUUACGGUGCAGCUUUUAGCGUAUACUUCCUGAAGGAUGCAGAGUGAUAACUGCGCUUUUACAGCUGCAUAAUUUAAACGAAGCAUUACUUUCUAACUUCGCAGAUGGACGCACGGGACCGGAAUAACGGGUGUGUAUUGGCUAGCAAAGGAGGGCGCAGAUCAGCUGAGGCGGUGCUUCGCCGGAGGGAUCCUCAGUCGCUGCUCUGCGCAGUAGUUCACCGCUUCCACUCGGCAGACCUCGCCGCCUCCGUUUAAAGUUAACGACCACUUUGCUUCGCGUCUGAGAGCAGGAUUUUGGUUUGGAUUUUUUCUUCUGCACAGCGUCGAGACGGACUGUGUAAAGGCAACCAACACAGUGGCGGCGGAAAGGCAGGCAGUUUGUGCAGAAGCAGGCACCAUGUCCUCCCCCACAAACCCAGAGGUGAAGGAACUGAACCCUGUCGACUUUAUCCAGCUACAACAGUACAUUGAAUACAACAACUUGAAGGUGAAAGAUGUGCUGAGGGAAUUCUAUGCAGAUGGCAGUCUGGCCCGGCACAGGCAUGGAGAGUGCAUCAAUGAAGAAGGCUUUCGUCUGUUUCUCAAGACAUAUUUAGAAGUGGAGGACUUCCCUGUGGAUCUCUGCCAGAGACUCUUCCGCUCCUUUCAAAACUCUGAACCCGGCCAAGAAGACAGUACCAAGGAAGUCUUCCUUAAAGAUGUCUCAUGUUACUUCUCUCUACUCGAAGAUGGCCAGCCCAGGGACAAACUGGAGUUUGCUUUCAGGCUUUAUGACAGAGAUGGGAAUGGAGUUUUGGACAGCUCUGAAGUGGAUCGGAUUAUUGCACAGAUGAUGCACGCUGCAGAAUAUCUCGACUGGGAUGUGUCAGAGCUCAAGCCGGUUCUGAAGGACAUGAUGACAGCAAUUGAUGCUGACAGCAGCGGCACAGUUUCUCUGGAUGAGUGGGUACAAGGAGGCAUGAACAACGUUCCCUUGCUGGUCUUGCUGGGUCUAAAGAUGACCCAGAAAGACGGGCAACACCUGUGGAGGAUGAAAAAUUUUAACAAGCCCGUUUACUGCAACGUGUGUCACAGCAUGCUGCUGGGUUUGAGGAAGCAGGGACUGUGUUGCACCUCCUGCAAAUACACAGUCCACGGCCGCUGUGCAAACAAAAACCCGGCCCCUUGCGCCAGGACAUACGUGAAGUCAAAGAAAGAAAUAGGGGUUUCAACACACGACUGGGUGAGUGGGAACUGUGACUCUAGGAAGUGUGACAAAUGCCAGAAGAAGAUCAAGAGCUUGCAAGGCCUAACAGGCAAACACUGUGUGUGGUGCCACACGAUGCGUCACGAUCAAUGUGUGGACCAAGAGUCAACACAGUGUACGUGUGGGCUGCUCAGAGACCAUAUUCUUCCUCCAUGGGCCAUAUAUCCUGUUAUAAAGGAGAGACCAAAUAAUGUAAAAAAUGGCUGCUCUGGGUCAGGAGAUGACAGCGAGCUCAAUACCACUCCUGACGGACAAGUGCUUCAGAUCUGCCCUGUGCUGAACGCCCAUCCUCUUCUAGUGUUCGUCAACCCUAAAAGUGGUGGUAAGCAGGGAGAAAGAGUGCUUCGCAAAUUUCAGUUUUUACUGAAUCCACGACAAGUAUACAACCUUUCAAAUGGUGGCCCUGGACCAGGUUUGAGUUUCUUCAGAAAUCUUAAGGAGUACAGGAUCUUGGUGUGCGGUGGAGACGGCACAGUUGGGUGGAUUCUCGAUGCAAUAGACAAAGGCAAUCUGCUGGUGCGGCCACCUGUUGCUGUACUUCCUCUUGGCACAGGAAAUGACCUUGCUCGAUGCCUUCGCUGGGGAGGAGGGUAUGAUGGUGAAGAUCUGAACCGUAUUCUUAAAGACAUUGAGGGGAGCUCCCAGGUGCUGAUGGAUCGCUGGAGCGUGCAGGUUAUCACUGAUGAGAAUCAAGAGGAGGGUGACCCAGUGCCAUAUGAAAUAAUCAACAACUACUUCUCUAUUGGAGUUGAUGCCUCCAUUGCCCACCGGUUUCACACAAUGAGGGAAAAACAUCCUCAGAAAUUCAACAGCAGAAUGAAGAACAAGCUGUGGUAUUUUGAAUUUGCCACUUCAGAAACCAUCUCUGCUUCCUGCAAAAAACUGAGCGAAAACUUAACAAUCGAGUGUUGCGGUACUGCCCUGGAUCUCAGUGGUGUGUCUCUUGAGGGUGUUGCUAUCCUGAACAUUCCUAGCAUGCAUGGUGGGUCCAACCUGUGGGGGGAGACCAAAAAAGUGGACACUAAGGGACUGACGGCGCAGGAAGAGCCGGAGGUGAUCGUCAAUCCAGAAAUCCUGAAAGUGACAUCCCAAGACCUCAGUGAUCGGCGAUUAGAGGUGGUCGGCCUUGAAGGAGCGAUGGAGAUGGGCCAGAUUUACACUGGACUCAAGAGUGCGGUGCGGCUCGCGAAAACGUCUCAGAUCACCAUCAGGACAAAGAAAGCAUUACCAAUGCAGAUAGAUGGAGAACCGUGGAUGCAGCCUCCCUGCACGAUUCAAAUCACACACAAGAAUCAAGCCUGUAUGUUGAUGGGUCCUCCAGCCAAACCAUCUGGCUUUUUCAAAUGAAACAGACUGACGACAUGCAAGUGUUUGCUGUAAAUAGACAACUGACUCUUUUUCUUUGUAACAUAAAAUCAGUUUGGAUGUGUAUGUUGUAGAAAAACUGCAUUGUGACAGUCAAACUUAGGAUAACUAUUUCAAAUGUUCUGCAUUACUGUAACACAUAAACUAAGCAUGGCAUGAUACAAAUACAAAUGUUAUGGUACGAUAAGUUUGCAUUGUGGCAAAAAUGACUCUGACCAAAUUUUCUCAGUGUUUUCUAUCAAUACUCAACACUUGCUGUGUGAGUGCUAAGUGGAAGUGCUGCUCUGUAGAAACUUAAAGCAAGCUGAAUAUCAUGCGAAGAGUAGAGUAUUCAGCUCCAUGUGCCUUUAUUAGCUGUUCUCUUCAUUAUGGCUUAGGUAGACGAACAUACAGGCAUGCACUUUGAGCAUAGACCAUGUAGUAUUGCUGUUUCGUUGUUGUUUUAAAGAAAGUCAGAAAUAUGUUUGUGUGAAUUUGGAACCAAGACAGAAGUAAAGACAAAGCUAUAUUUCAGUGAUGUUGAAGAUACUUGAAAGUGUUUUUGGGAAUAGCAAAGAGGCUGCAUGUUGAUUCACUGCCUGUUGUUCCCGUGUGUGUGUUUGUGUGCAUCAGUGAGCGUGUAUGAGUGUGACGGCAUAAAGCUGAGAUAUGUUGAUUUUAAUUUGUAAUUUGUUAUGAGUUCAAUUCGAACUUAUUGGUUAAGAUAUGUUUAAACAUGUUUAUUUUUAUUUAAAUGCUUUAUAAAUCAUAUCAUUCCAGUAUAUCAGGAGGAUGUUGAUGUAAUAAGUGACUGUGUAAAGAUUUUAAUAAAUCACCCAGACUUCA